UGCGUGAGCACCAGGUGAUAAUCAUGUUCAAUGAAGGGAGCUAAAAGGUGAAGGUGACACGUAUGAUGACAAGCGAGUGCCAGCUGGACGAUGAUACAACACAUUCUCAGGGAUUUCGAGUGAACCGAUUCAAUUAAUAAAGAGAACUGAAUGUACAGUAAUGGACAAACUCAGAGCGGUUCUGGGUGGUCAUGAUGGAAACAACGACAACAGAAAUGUACUGCAGGCGGCGAAUGAAGCGUCCACGCUGGGAUGGGGAAACCGCAUGAAAGGAUUCCUCGUCUGUAUGGUCAUCGGAGUAGUGUGCACUAUCCUGGGAGUAUGUUGCCUGUUUAUUCCUAAAGUAGGGCUGAUUAUCUUCAUUGUGUUUUACACAUUUGGCAACAUAUGCUCCUUAGUAAGCACCAUGUUUCUGAUGGGGCCAGUGAAACAGCUGAAACGGAUGUGUGACAAGACCAGAGCCUUUGCUACAGUUAUUAUGAUAACAUGUCUGGUUCUCACACUCUGUGCAGCUUUUUGGUGGAAGAUCUUUGCACUCACUUUGCUGUUUGUCAUUCUGCAAGUCCUUGCAUUUGCGUGGUAUAGCUUGUCAUACAUUCCUUUUGCAAG